AUGGCGAAAGACGAUCACGCCUUGAAGCCUGUCUCCAGCCCGAAACCGGCCCAAAAUCCCGCCCCUCUCUCCGAGUCGAAGCUUUCUGAAGAAGCCCACAAUGCUAGCAAUGACAGUUCACCGGCGCUGUCAAAUGUGGAGAGUUCAGUAGAGUUCAUAAGGUCCGUCGCCGCGAAAAUCGCCGCGCAGCCGUUUCAAUUUUCCGAUCCCCAUGUAUGGGGCGUGCUCACUGCCAUUUCUGAGGAGGCCCGCAAGCGCCGCCAGGGAAUGAAUAUGCUUUUGACUUCUGACGAACACUGCAUUGGUCGGUUGGUGGAUGACGCUCGUUUCCAGAUCAUUGCACCUGCAGUUAGUGCUCUGCAUUGCAAGAUUUAUCGGAGGGUUGGCACUGGAGAUAUACAGCGAGGAUCAGAUAACUGUUUCUCUGUUUUCUUGAAGGAUUCUAGUACAAAUGGGACAUACUUAAACUGGAAGAAGUUAACUAAGAGUAGCUCUGAAGCGAAGCUAUGCCAUGGAGACAUAAUCUCAAUAGCUUUCGUUCCUCAACAUGAAAUUGCAUUUGCAUUUGUUUUUCGGGAAGUCCAAAAAUCCUCCUAUGUAACUGAUGGCAGUUCUCUGAAGAGAAAAUCAGAUGAAUACGGUGAUGAGAGCAAGAGAUUGAAAGGAAUUGGUAUAGGAGCUUCUGAUGGUCCAAUCUCUCUUGAUGAUUUUCGGAGUCUUCAAAGAUCAAAUACGGAACUCAGGAAACAUCUGGAAGAUCAAGUUGUAACAGUUGAAUCUUUGCGUGCUGUAAAUCGUGCAGCCAUUGAGAAGCAUGAAAUUGAAUUGAGGGAGUUGAAAGAAUCAUUUGCAAAAUCUUAUCAAAGUCAGCUCAGUCAGUGGAACCAGUCUUUGGAGGCUAAAGACAAGGAACUAACAGAGCUAAAUAAAACAUCAGCCGAGCAAAAACAUUGGAUUGAAGACCUUAACGAAAGUCUUGGUGCAUCUAUGCAAUCAUGUCUUGAAGCGAAUGAAAUAAUUAAUAGCCAGAAGGCUUCUAUAUCCAAACUGAAAGCUCUAUUAGAUGAAGAGCGUGGUCAGAGGAGAGAAGAGAGAGAGAAAGCUUCUCUUCAUAUGAAAGUGACAAUACAGAAAGUUCAAGCUGAGGCUGCAGAAGAAAUAAAGCGUGUCUCGGAUGGUGCUUUGAGACGAGAGAAGGAGCAACAAGAAAUGAUAAAUAAGCUCCAGGAGGCUGACAAGGAAAGGUGUUCAUUAGUGGAAACUUUGAUAUCCAAAUUGAAAGAUACAAGACAAAAUUUAGUCAACUCUGACAAUAAAGUGCGUCAGUUGGAAGGUCAAAUGCGUGAGGAGCAGAAAACUUUUGCUAUUACUCAAAAAAGGGUUGAAGAAUUAGAGCAUGAAAGAAAGAGACUGAGGAAAGAACUCGAGCAUGAGAAGGCAGCCCGGGAAGAAGCAUGGGCAAAGGUGUCUGCUCUUGAGCUCGAGAUCAGUGCUGCACUGCAGGAUCUCGAUUUUGAAAGGCGCAGAGUAAAAGCAGCCAGUGAGAGAAUUAUGCUUCGUGAAACUCAGCUUCGGGCUUUAUACUCCACCACGGAGGAGAUAUCUUCCCUGUUCGCAAAACAGCAGGAGCAGCUCAAAUCAAUGCAGAGGACACUUGAGGACGAGGAGAAUUACGAGACAGUUUCCACCGAUAUUGACCUCACCCGAGCUGCUUGCAAACGGGGCAAGGAGGCCUACAAGAGCUACGCCACUGCCAAUGACCGUGCUGAGUUGUCAAGCAACGAGGCGAGCGUGACCGAAAAACAUGAAUGCAGCAACAUUCGAAGCCAGGACGAAAACCGGUCCAACACGCAGGAAGUUGAGUUCGUGGGCCCAUUUAAGAACUCCCAUUGGAAUGCGAUCGGGACCGAGCAAAUUCCCGAGGGGUGCCCAGUAGAUACAGAGAAAGUUUUGGAGACCGAGAGUCAACACACCAGCUGGAAUAUUAAUUUUGAUAGUACAAUGCACGUAGAGGAAACUAUUGAAACAUCGGACCUUCAUGGAGAAAACGAAGUUUCUCAUUCGUCGGAGAGUAAAAAUGGUGUUGGUGGUGGGCCCGGCCACGACUCGAUUAGCUUGGUGGCCGAGAGUCGACACAUGGCAUCAAUCGAGCUGCUGUGUGCUGAUGCCGAGAGGAGGAGCCACGAGCGCCGGGCGUUGAGCGAGAUGAUUGGCAUUGUUGCGCCCGAUUUGAAGGAGCACUUCAGUCGUGCCGUGGGGAGUGAGGAUCGGGCGGCGGGGCCUGGCGAUGAUGUGGCGUCUGAUUCGGGUACGGAGGGGUGCGGUGACGAUGAUGAUGAUGUGGACAAGUGGGGUUGGGAAGUAGGUUUGGAUGACGUGGCGGGUGGUAGUGAGAAGGUGAUGUCUGAAGAUAGAAUGGAGGAAGAAGAAGAAAAAGAGGAAUAUGAAGAUGAUACUCAAGAAGAUUCGAUGGGGUAG